ACGAACUUAUGCAUAUAACUUUUUUGGCUUUUCCUUUUCUUUUUUCUUGAUUUGCAAAGUAAACGAUAUUCUUUUCCCCACAACUUCUUACUUUAGAACAUGUUAAGCAUGUCCUCUGAUAACAACAAUAAGCAACUCAUAGAAAACGGUAAAAAGCUUGCUGCUUACAAAGCUGUCGAUGAUCAUAUCAGCCCGCAAGAUAAAGUCGUUGGUAUUGGAUCCGGUUCAACCGUUAUUUACGUUAUUGAAAGAAUUUUGCAAAAGCCAGAGUUGAAGGAUAUUACCUAUGUACCUACCAGUUUCCAAAGCAAACUGUUAAUUGUCGAGAAUGGUCUCAAACUAGGAUCAAUCGAACAAAACGACGUGAUAGACGUCACUAUUGAUGGUGCUGAUGAAGUGGAUCAAAAUUUGAAUGCUAUCAAAGGUGGAGGAGGAUGCCAAUUUCAAGAGAAGUUAGUAGCGGAAGCAGCAAAAAAGUUCGUCAUAGUUGCCGAUUUUCGUAAAGAGUCUAAAAAAUUAGGAACUCAAUGGCACCAGGGUGUUCCAGUGGAAGUCGUUCCCAUGUGCUAUCGAACAGUAAUGAAUAAGAUCAAGACUCAACUAUCGUUAAAACCAAAAAGUGUGAAUUUGCGUAUGGCUGUCAAAAAGGCAGGACCUGUGGUAACAGACAAUGGCAAUUUUGUCGUUGAUGUCGAUUUCGGUCAAAUAGAAGAAGAUCCUUCUAGCUUGCUGAGGGAACUAAAGCUACUAACGGGUGUAUAUGAAGUCGGACUGUUCUGUAACAUGGCAGCCGCUGCUUAUUUCGGUGAACAAGAUGGAUCUGUAAAUAUUCUAAGUAAGGAAGAAGGACAAGAUGGGAAGCAGCAAUUCAAAUUGACCACCAUCAAGAAAUCUGAAGGAGAGCACUAAAUGUGGGAACUAUUCACAUAUCUUGUACUUUUAUGUAUUUCUAUUUAUUUAUUGUGUCGCUGCCAUCACAAUAUCUUUACCCAUGAUUUGAUAUUUUACAUUUUUUAAUAUCGGUAGAUUCGAAUCGUCAUCAUUAUUCGUUGUAACAGCCGAGAUACCAUUAGCCGAACCAAUAAAUAUAGGUCCUGUAGUUAUUAUCAAUUGAUCCCAUGUCUUGCUGUUCAAGCAUGACUGAAUGAUUUUUGAUCCGCCUUCAAUCAUUAAUUUAUCAAUGCCUUCUUUUUUUAAAUGCUCGAGUACGUUCCGUAAAGGGAUAUGACCUGAAGAUACAAUAAAAGAAUGAAUGAAUGGUAGAACAAAAACAAGCAAUAUAUUAUACUCUUCUUUCUGAAUACCGUUCUCAAUUUUAUCUAUGAUUAUCAACUUUACGCCUAU